CGUUUCCGAGAAAGCGGUGCAGACAUUGGAGCCACUGGUAUUAGAAGCGUCCCGUAAACAAUACCUACACACAGUGUGACACACGUGUCCCUUCAGUCUGACUUUGCCGCGCUGUUUGUGUGUGUGAGAGUGUGUGUUUUGUCUAGUGGUGCGAAUAUGUGCCUGCGUUCAGUUGUAUCCAAGUAAGCGGGGCGAUUGAUUUAGUGCGUGAGCUGUCUGCACAUUCCGGGCUAUUCGAUCAGACAGCUUUGCCGUGGAACAACGUGUUUUGCCUCGCAUCCUGAUUGCCUUCGUCGUAUUUCAGCAUUUCAAGACGAAUUAUUCCCACCCGAUAAGUCGCUACUCGCACGAGCAUCUUUAUCAAGACCCCGGCAGAGAUUGAAUUUCUCGUUCGUCAGGCUUCCGUUAUCGAUGGCAGACAUGGAAAACUACGGUAUGAUGAGUGUGAUCAUGUAUCUGCGCUGGAAAUAGUGUGGUUGAUGAAUGACUUUAUUUCAUUUUUUUUCAGCAGAAGAACUCAUGAAAGAUGCAAUGGAUGUGAUCUCGUUUGAGGAAGAAUGGAAUCGAUUUCUGGAAACGGUGUUCGCAGCGAUACAUCCCGACCAAUUGCAAGAUUUUGAAAAUAUUGAUCUCGAUUUGAUUGACGAGCGCGAUCUUUUCAACUAUGUAUGCCAACUGCCAACGAUGGCUGAUUUUGAAGAAAUUGUAGCAUUUGAUGCAGAAGCGGAAGCCGAAGAAGCUAUGGUGGAAGGUACAGAUGAAGCAACAGUCCCCUUAGACGAAGGGGUAACUUUGGAACCGAACGGUAGCAUUAAGCUUACGGCUGAUGAAGAAGUAAACAUCGGUGCUAGUACUUCAUCAGCAUCAAGUACGGUGAGCCGUGGUACAGACGAUCAACAAAUGGAAGCGAAGCAUGAGCGCGUCCUCAUUCCACCAUUCUGCAAAGCUUUGGAAAUGCACGACUAUCUGGCGUUCAGCUGCGAAAUGGAUAAGUUGGACUUGAACGAUAAAAAGAACAAUUUGGACAAUGUCAAUGUAAGUAUGCAAACCAACAACAUUCCACGCAUGCGUAAAUCGAAGAUAGCGAAGGGAAACAACCAAGAGUUAAGAAGAAGCAAGCGAAUACAGUUGAAAGUUAUGAAGGAAAAUCGCAAAAAAUUAGCCAGAAAAGCGAAACGUUACAUCGUUUACCCGAAAUAGGACCACCGUACGAAUGACAAUUAUGACAAAGAGCCGGAGAAAGGAGGCUUGAAACUCAGAACGAAACAAGCGAAACAUUUAAAUUCCAAGUGCAUUGUGCAAGACAGCAUUGUUUUGCAUACAAGUGAAACAUUUCGUCCCCAUCAACAAGCAUAAACAUUGAAGGCGCCCGGCAACGGUGAGUGCAAAAGUCUGCAAAAUGGAA